CAGAAGAAUGAUGGCGUCUGCAGCGGCAGCAGAGGCCGAGAAGGGUUCUCCAGUUGUGGUGGGCCUGCUCGUCGUGGGCAACAUCAUUAUUCUGCUGUCAGGCCUGGCCCUGUUUGCUGAGACAGUAUGGGUGACAGCUGACCAGUACCGCGUGUACCCACUGAUGGGCAUCUCGGGCAAGGAUGAUGUCUUCGCUGGUGCCUGGAUCGCCAUCUUCUGUGGCUUCUCCUUCUUCGUGGUCGCCAGCUUUGGUGUUGGCGCCGCGCUCUGCCGCCGCCGCUCCAUGGUCCUCACGCCCAAUAACCCAGGCCCAGCAGGUGUCCUCUUCUGCAAAAUGCCAGAACUGUGGGCACAGCGAAUGAUGGCGUCUGCAGCGGCAGCAGAGGCCGAGAAGGGUUCUCCAGUUGUGGUGGGCCUGCUCGUCGUGGGCAACAUCAUUAUUCUGCUCAGGGAAAGUGCCCAACCAAUGCUGGCUAUCACCGUCAGCAUCACUGUGGACAUAAUGCAACCCCCUGCCCGGGCCUGCCUGACCCUCCGCCUUUCUCUCCAGCAAGAAUGCUGUGGCACAUCUGGUCCCUUGGACUGGGUGAACUUCACAUCAGCUUUCCGGGCAGCCACUCCGGAGGUGGUGUUCCCCUGGCCCCCACUGUGCUGUCGCCGGACGGGAAACUUCAUCCCCCUCAAUGAGGAGGGCUGCCGCCUGGGCCACAUGGACUACCUGUUCACCAAGGGCUGCUUCGAGCACAUCGGCCAUGCAAUCGACAGCUACACGUGGGGCAUCUCAUGGUUUGGGUUUGCCAUCCUGAUGUGGACGCUCCCGGUCAUGCUGAUAGCUAUGUAUUUCUACACCACGCUCUGAGGGACAAGAUGGGAAGGCCAUAUACGCACCCCGGCCUCCUCUGCAUCCUCCUGCUUCCUCCACUGGGGCCUGGAUGGCUGCCUCACCUCUCCCCUCCCGACCUCCCUAGCCCCUCCCUCCUUCCAUAUCCAGGAUCUUUGUCUGGGUUCCUGAGCCCUGCUGUGCCUCGGGUGUGCCCUGAAACCCAGGGCUUGUGUGCAUGGACCCUUGGCCCUUGACCUCAUUCCCAUCGGCUGGUUCCUGCCCAUCUUUCAAGGGACCUCUCCCUGAUCCCAGCUCUUGUAGCUCUCUGAGCUCCUCCUUCACAGCAGGUGUCGCCGUUUUUGCUGAAUGUCAUUUGCUUUGUCAACACCAUUCUUGCUGUUUGUGAUUGUCAUUUAAGCUCUGGAAGCCUCGAUUGCUGCGAGAGCCUGUCAUGGUCACUUUACUAUCCCCAUCAUCACCCAGCAUGGGGCUGAGCACUUAUUAGAUAAUAAAUAAUGAAUGGAUGAAUGAAUGAAUGAGUUUGUUUUC